AUGUGUCAAAAUGUGAGAGUAUACAUCCAAGGGAGUGAGCCGCCGCUACGAUACGAGAAAUGUUGUAAUUUCACCCUCGGUGCAUGGAAGAAAUUGGGAGAGGGAUCGACAGAUUUGAAUCUUGGAAUCCUUAUAAAUCGAAGCAUGUUGGGUGAAGAUGAAGCUUGGGAGAAAGAGGAGGCGGAUGAAGAUGCUUUGAAGAAGGCAUGUGAAGAUCUUCUAAGAAUAGAGAGGAUGAAAGCGGGGAAGGAAGAAGCUUGA